CGGAAUGCAUCUCCGGUCCGGGACGAUCUUGCCUACCGGCGGCGCGCAGGAUUCUUCGCACGAGCAGGCUGACCAGCUGCUGGCACAGCAGCUGAACACAUUUCAGCGUGUCGCUGAGUUGUGCAACACGGUCAUGGACCGCAUGGGCACUCGCGCCGGCGAACCACAGCUCCUACCGCCGGCCACGCUACCCACGUACACGGGUUACGACGACCCGAAAUCAGUGGCUGAUUUCCUAGAGGAAAUGGACAGGUAUGUCAGAGCGACCGGUGCCUCGGAAGCGCACGUGAUGGCUCGAAUCCUGCCGUUGGCUUUACGGGAUGCCGCAGGACGGUGGUGGAGGCUACAAGCGCCUUUCACCACUUGGGCAGAAUUUGAACAGCGCUUCCGAGAGGAAUUUCUGCCCCCUGGGUACGAGCUGCGAGUCCAGCGUGAGCUCGAACUAAGAACCCAGCAUCCGGACGAAAGUUUGCUCGAGUACGUCCGGACGAUGCAGGAACUGCAUCGCCGAGCAGCACCGACUGCCUCGGAAAGGGACCAAGUAGCUCGGGUCAUUCGACAGAGUCAUCCCAGAUUCAGGCCACUUCUUUAUGGGCGCACAUUCGAAACCCUUGAGCACCUCGCACGGGAGGCCCGCGGUGUACAAGACGCCCUGUUAGCUGAGAGCACUUACGUGCCACCGCCAGCGCCGCAAUCUGCUCUUGAGCCGUCACUGGCUUGGCGCGCCCCCGCAGCCAGUCCCUCAUGCGACCCGACGAGCCCAGACGAGGGGCUCACACUCGACUUUCCUGCAAGAGGCUACCGCCUUCACGGACAGUCCGAGACAACACCCUUUGCGGAGAAUAUAGACUUCGGGCCUGUACCAAGACACGCGGAAGGCGUGGCAGCCAUGCACACCACCCUGCCGUCAGCAGUCAUGCAGUCCCUCAGCAACUUCACGGGAACGAACCACCAACGGAAGCAGCUAGAGGCCGUGUUGACACCGUUCUCGGGAAUGUUUACGGAACGUCCUGGGAAGACCGACGUCCUAGUACAUCGCAUCAAUACCGGCGACGCCCGACCAUGGCGUUGCAACCCGAGACCGUUGAGCCAGCACAAGCGAGCCGUUCUCGAUAAAGCCCUGGACGAAAUGAUCGACACAGGAGCCACUCAGCAGCUGAUGAACAAAGAUAUGCCUCACCAGGGCUUGGCCGCCCAGUCACCCACACCACCAAGCAAGUGGUACAACCUGCGUCCCCGGUGA